CGGGUACGUGUGCGCAAGAAGAAGCCGAUGAGUGGGAGUGCUGCGGCUGUGACCGCGCGCAUACAUCGUCCGCGCGAGUACACGUUCACGCGGCACAGAGACACGUACACGUACGGAAAGUAAGUACGUAUACGCGACUCGACGAGCAGGGAUCCUUGAUCCUACAGGAAUGCAGUCUUGGCGGCCCACGCGGCCUCAAGUACACCCCACCAUUCUCCGUCUCCGUUUCUCCGACCCUCGCCUCCUCCUCCUCUCUCUCCUUUCUUUCUUUCUUUCUUUCCUUCUUUCUUUCUUUCUUCCCUUCCUUCUCCCUCUCUCUCUCUCUCUGUUUUCACCGGAUCUAAUCCCCCGUAGGGCCACGUUGCUCGAACACGCGCGCCGUUUCCACGCUUGAGCGCAUUGUUAUUACGGGAUUAUUAUAAACGCGGAGGAAGGGGAAGCGCAAGGCCACGAUCCUUUCGAUCAAAUUUGCUCGAUGAAAAUUUUGGUCGGCGGAGGGGAAUGGCGAGGGUGGCGAGGAUGAUCGGUCGGUCGAUGGCGAGCAAGACGGAUCGCCGUUACUACUGUUAUUCCCGUAUCGCGGCUGAAAUCUGAACUCGGGAAAUGAAACGCGGUAAUUUAUCGGGCGAGCGGAGAUUCCUCGAUUAAAAUGGGCAGAAAAGAGCGUAUACGAUAAAUCGUUCGAAGCGCAGAAAUUCGAAGCGAGGGCCGAUAAAUCAAGGGAAACCGAAUCCGAGGUUGCGGUGGGUGGCUCGUUUACCUCGUUUUCCCCUGCGCGAGUAUCGCGAGCGGGGAACGAAACGACGAGACGACCCCUCCUCUCUCCAUCGUCGUUUCGCAUUUUUCGCGCCACGCGUGCGUUCAACGAGCACGUCUCCAUUCCUGCCUCCUGUGUUUAAUCAUCCGUCGAAAGGAAAGCAACUACCCGCCACUCAUAUCGUGCUCGCGUUUCCAUCGUAUCGCGUGGUUCUCGCUGAUCGAACGCCAGUCACGUCCCCUGUAAAUAAACUUUUCAUGGAUUCAGCGCGGCGGGAUGGAUUCGUAUGGAUGAAAUUCGUAUCGAGAGCGAGAGAAAGAGAGGGGGAAGGGGGAUCGAAGGCGGUAGCUCGAAAUCGACGAUCCCUUUUUCCUUUCGACUUUUCCUCCGCGCGAUCUCCGAGGAUCUCGGGGUGAAAAGCGCGAGCGGUUAAACGAGCGAAAUAACUCUCUCUCUCUCUCUCUCUCGGGGGAAGAUGAUCCUGUUCGACGUUCAAGGUCGACCGCAUGCGGCUCGAGGCCUUCUCGAGGAGGCGUCGAUCCAGCCACGGCAAAUUCGUUCGACUGUUUUCUUCGUCCCGCAGCUGUUCCCUUCCUCUCCUUACUUCACCUACGUUCAACGUGUGGCACGUUCGCUGUCCCUUUCGUCGGUGCCACGUCUCGUAUAUCGCGUACACCGGAUUUCUCUGCCUGUCCCUGAACUGUCCGAGGCAUGUCGACGCCCGUGAGGAAAAACGGCGGCUCGCACAUGACCGAAGAUGACACGACGGUACCGACCUACAACAAGUUCGAUGUUUCCUAUCCUAUGUAUGGAAUCGAUGAAUUAGAAGAUUACGAAGAGGGGCAAAUCGACGAGGAGUCGGAGAAGGAGAAGAUAGACGAGGAAAGCCCUGAGUGGGAUGCUGAGGAAAAGUACGAGGAGAAAUACGAGAAGAAGAUAGAAGAGGAGGAGGAAGAGGUGGAGCACGAGGAAGAGGACGUCGAGGAAGAGGAAGUAGAGGAGGAGGAGGAGGAGGAAGAGGAGGAGGAGAAGGAGGAGGAGAUAAUUUCGUUGACAGUUUCGGAAAAGACCGAAGAGGAAGUAGCGCCAGAACCUGUGGAAUCCGAUCGCGUGUUCCCCGAGAUACCCGUAGAGGUGCGCAUAAACCUAUCAUUCUCUCUCAUUCUACCCGUGGAAUUGCUAUUCCUCACGACCUUCGUGAUACAUUAAGAUUCCGUGGCUCUAAACCGCCCUUCCCCCCGGCCUUCUCGCCGAGUUUCUCCUCCUUCCCUUAAUCCGUUGAUAUUUGCACAUAAUGGCCGUGCGAUCGGUACACAUUGUAAACGGGGAACAUGUAAAUAAUAAAGAAAUUUCUCGCAUAACUCUUUCCGUUGUUUCUCUCUUUUCUUUUUCUUCUUCUUCGCCAGGUUACCGACCGUGAUGCGAUUAUCGGCAAGUUAAAAGAGUUACAAAACGAAAAAAACGAUUUGAAACGCAGAAAUAGACUGCUAGAGAUUUGGGUCUUUCGGAAUUUGAAGAAGGUCAGCCUAAAAGCGGAUUCUUUCUUUCUUCGUCUCCAAAGAAAUCGUAUAAUUUCGUAUCUUUUUCGCGGCAAAAAAAAAAAGAGUAAUCGGGAUCGACUUACACCCCCAUCGUUGUACCACAAGCUAUAAUCGUUCGUUAGGCUCAACAGCGAAUCACACCCAUGGAUCGUACUAAGACCAUGGAUCAGAUGGAAGAGAUAUACAGGGAAGAGCUGCGCGAUUACAAGAUGCAGGUGGACGAGAUAUUGAAUCGGCAGUCCGAGUUGUCCUACGAUUUGCAAAGUUAUCAGGAAAAGGUGGAGAUGCUCCGAGAGGACGAUAGACGGAUCUUCGAAGAGUUUUUGGAACGUCAAAAGGAGAUAUCGGUCGGUUUGAUCUUCUCGAAAACCGGAAGAAAAAUCACCGACAAGUUGAUGGAAAACUUGAUACAUCGUCAGGUGUCUUUCACGUGAUCGUUUUGCCGUUGUAUCGUUUUAUCUUUCUAAAUCGAUUCACGAUUGUUCUCGAUAUUGCGCCAGAUAACGCGACGCGAAGUUUUAGCCAAAGAUCGCCACAACUACGUCUACCUUCAACACCGUCUCGACGACUUGAACGUGCGUCUCAGACUGGCCGAGGAUUUAGGAGCGGGAAUGACCACGAUGGACUUCGAGGCGCUCUCGGUCGCCAAUAUCGGGUACAAGGAUCGAGUGGAUGAAAGGGAUCGCGAAUUGGAGAAGCUGCGAAUCAAGUACUUGCGCAUAUCCCCACCACCCUAUCCUUUCGAUACGAUACGACGUCGAACGCGCGCGCAUAAUCGUGGUCGCGAUUUUUCUCCGUUCAGAAUCGCAGAGACGGUAAACGGCGUGGCUCAAUACAAGGAGAAAGAGGUGUGCGUCCUCGAGGAUAUAGAACUGGAGGAGGAAAAUCUGGAGGAAUGCCGCAAGAGGAACACCGAGUAUCGGGAACGUUUGAACAAAGUUCACAUGAGACUUAACGAGAUCCGGGACGAGUUGCACAAGAGAAACAUUUCCGCCGGACUUUUGGUAGCUCGGGAAGAGUUGAUGGAGAUGCAAAAAAUGAUGGUGUUGAAAGAGCAACUCAAGGACAAGAUCGCUACCAUCAAGCGCGAAAUCGAUUCGUACGAACCGGCGAAACAGCAAUUAAGGAGACUGGUAAGCACUGGCGGGUUUUUUUUUUCUUUACUUUCCUCUUCGAAAUCGAUCGAGGAAGAGAGGAAAUUG